AUGAAGUUCUCACUCGUCCCCGUGGCCAUCGCCCUCUUCUCCACUGCCUACGCCGCUCCCGGCGCGCCUGCCGCUGAGAACGUCGAGCUCGUCGCUCGCGGCAACUGCCCCGCGGCCCAGGACUGCACAUGCACGGCCAAGUUUGACAAGUACGCCAACCCUAUAGAGUAUGGCUCUACCGUCUCGGCCCGCAUCUCUGGCGCGGACCGAGGGCUGACGACCUCGGACUGGCGCGGCACCAACGGCUACGGCAGCUCUUCUUUGUGCAGAGUCACGGUCGACCGUGUGUGCGGUAACUGCCGGGCCUGGAAGACGACGACGGACAAGUGCGGAUACUACAGCCUGUCCGAUUUCAGCUGUGUCAACGCUUAA